AUGCUUCGACGGGUUUUGAAACUGUCUGUCUAUGCUCGGCUUCCUGACCUACCUGAACGAUGCAUAGCCAGGCUGUCUAGCCUUCCGAUGCGGAGAAUAGUACCAACUAAUCCGAGGCCCUCAGCACUGGCCCUGCCCUCUUUCAGCAGACACGCUUCCUCAAAACCUCCAGGUGAUCUGAUAUUUGAGGGGCCACCUGGAGCUGCCCUCGAAAGCCUGGAGGCUGAGAGCGUUGUCGGCUCGGACAAGAACAUGAGCAUCGAGUUCACCUGCAAUAAAUGCAAACACCGCACCAAAAAGUACUUCUCCAGACAGGCCUACACAAAGGGUCUUGUCAUCAUCCGUUGUCCCUCCUGCCAGGCCCUGCACCUCAUUGCUGACAACAUUGGAUGGAUAAAGGAGCAAACACCCUGGCGCAUCGGAGAGCAGAAACAUCUCCUAAGGGCUGAUGCUGGCAAGGCAGUUGGGGAGGAAAGCGAGAAGUAA